CGAAUUAUCCAGAACACUUUACGGCUCUGUUGACAGCUGGUGCAGUAAAAGUCUGCUGGAUUUCCAGUUAUGCUUUAGUUUUUCUACCCAAGCUGUCGUUAAAUGAGCGUUUUUGACUUGUUUCGCGGGUUCUUCGGAGUCCCUGGAGGCCAGUAUCGUGGCCGAAGGGACCCCUUCUUCGAUGCCAUGACACACGAUGAUGAUGACGACGAUGAGGAUGAAGAUGGGUUCCACUAUGACGGCUUCAGGGGGGACCAGCAGGACCCCUUUGACAGCGCCUGGAGGUUUGGCUUCAGUUUUGGCCCAGAUGGGAUGAGGAUCCACGAGCCUCCAGUGUUUGGCAACGUCUUCAGGGAGAUGGAGGAGAUCUUCUCCCAGCUGGGCCGCUGGGAGGAACGGCAGGAGUCCGGACGCUUUGGUGUUCCCAGCAUCAUGCCGCCUCCACCUCAGGACAGAGCAGAGGAAGGUGGACGCAGAUCCAGUGGAAACCCCCUGAGAGACUUUAUGCUCAAAUCCCCGGAUGGUGACUCACAAGGGCCGACCAAAGGGCCCCGAGGUGACGUCCGGCCUUCGUAUGAGUCACCAGAUAUUCCUAGUUUGCCCUUUCACGGCUGGACCCCUUUUUCCAAGUUUAAUGAUAUUUGGAGGCAGGGACCACAGAAACAUGCAGACGAUGAGCGCAAAGAAGACAGAGACCUGGACUCUGCAGUGUCCUCUGGUGGCCUGGAUCGGAUUCUGACUCCUCCUGCUGGUCAGGCACCGAGCCAGCCCAGGACCCGAUCCUUUUUCCAGUCAGUCACUGUGACCAAGGUGGUGAAACCGGACGGAAGUGUAGAGGAGAGGCGAACGGUCAGAGACGGACAAGGCAAGGAGGAAACCACAGUGACUCGCUCAGGAGGUUCUGGGAUCCUGGAGGGACCAGACCAUCACACUGGACCAGUGUUACCAGGUGACCACCACCACUUCUCAGACAUGCGGGAUGACGACUCCUUAUUCUCCAAGUUCUUUGGCGGCUUUAAAUAACGUGUAAAGUGAAGUAGACUCUCUGGGCAGGUGGACUGUAGCUGUUGUGUUCCUCUAGAGCUGCAUAUUUCUAGGAUGUAUGUGGACAGACAGUUGCAUGAUUUUGAUUUGCCACAGUGAACAUGUUGGAUAUGGGGUCUCUGGCUUGUUGAAGAUGAAACUGGGAUUUUCAAACGACCACGUAGGCUAGAAGCUGCCAAUCCUGACCAACUAGUGAUUCUGACAGAUUGAAACACAUCAGACACUUAACAGUUCCCAGUAAAGUAUUUUAUUUUUGUAUUGUCUUGUUAGACAAGCCAGUAUGGAUGUAAGUGAGUGAUGAACCAAAUAAAAACAUAAUAUAUUUA